AGGAACUUUAUCACAUGUAAAGCUAGCUCCCUGAUUAGCCACGUCAUGUAAAGUUAGCAGUGGAGCACUUCUGACAUAAAACAGCGAGGAGUUGCGGUUUGGGGGGGGAAAUUUGGUUCAUUUUAAAAUAGGAACUCUUGCUUCAUGGUUAUAAAUCGGCAAUAAUCAUAAGGGAAGAUGGCAGAAUUUGGGGACUGGUUCUCAAGCAUCCCUUUAAUCACCCGCUCCUGGCUUGCUGCCUCGGUUGCUGUUCCCCUCAUUGGAAAACUAGGAUUGGUUGAUUUCAGGACUUUUAUGCUGUUUCCGGAGCUGUUCAUGACCAGAUUUCAUCUCUGGAGACCAGUGACUGCCACCUUGUUUUUCCCAAUAACCCCUUCUACUGGGUUUCUGUACAUGGUAAACUUGUAUUUCCUCUACCACUAUUCCAGUCGGCUGGAGACAGGAGUGUUUGAUGGCAGACCUGCAGAUUAUGUCUUCAUGCUUAUAUUCAACUGGCUCUGCAUUGUUAUAAUCGGGCUGCUGAUGAACAUGCGGUUACUGAUGAUCCCACUGAUCAUGUCUGUGCUCUACGUCUGGGCUCAACUCAACAAAGACACGAUUGUCUCCUUCUGGUUCGGAACACGAUUUAAGGCACAUUAUCUACCUUGGGUCAUUAUGGUCUUCAACUUCAUCAUUGGGGGCUCGUUCAUGGAUGAACUUACAGGAAACCUGGUGGGUCACCUCUACUUCUUCCUCGUGUACAAAUACCCCAUAGACCUGGGAGGGCGCUCCUUCCUCUCCACACCAGAGAUCUUGUAUCGGUAUUUCCCCAACAGGAGGCCAGGGGUGUCCGGCUUUGGAAUCCCUCCCAUCAGGAGACCAGCUGCCCAGGAGCAGGCGGGAGGAGGAGGAGGAGGCGGCGGAGGAGCAGGUGCAGGUGCAGGUGCGAGAGGACGUCACAACUGGGGCCAGGGCUUCCGCCUGGGGGGUGAAUGAGUGGAGAGAACAGCUCUCAGAAACAAAUGGUGUCGAUGUUUCAGGUUAAAGUGCUUGCUUUUUCUCAUCUCUUCGCUGACCUUGACUUAAAUUUAAUUCAGUCAUGUUUAGUUUUUAAGGAUACAAGAGGGUGAAAUUUGAGAAAGCACGCAUUUUAACCAAGACCGCACAGCAGGACUCAGACUCUGGCCACAUGCUCACCAAGUCAAGCCAGCCCACUAUUACUCCUACUGCGGAUGUGUCAAUGUGAAGCAGAUAGAAGGAAAUAUGAAUAAAUUGUUUUUUUAUGUGUUAAUUCUUGAUCUCCCCCUCCUGUUUCUUUUUCUCUCUUUGUCUUCUUCUUCAACAUUGGACUGUUGAGACGAGAGACGUUGCAGCUGCACACCAGCACACUGUUGAUUCUGACUCUUGUGUUCCUGUCCUCUCCCUCCCUCCCUCUCUCUCUGUGAUGCCAUAUCAGAUUACAUUGUAAUUACCAACGCACUGGGAGGGUGCUCUCAGCGGAACAUGGGUGAAGCUAUUUAGAGAGCACUGUUUCCAGGUCUGAUUUUACAUGGUUGUAAAAUGUUUUUUAAGCCUAUGUGGCACAGACCUGACCUUCCUGUCUUAAGAUCUGAUCUUAACCUGAAUGAGGUAAAGAUGGGAUUCUGCUUUUUGUUUUGUAAAUAUAACAGUUGUUUAUUGAAAGGAU